AUGCAUUACAAGAGCGAUAUAGCAGGCAUAGUUAGCCAUUGCCUACAGCUUUUCAAGGAUUGCUUAUCGGAAGACCUUGAAGAUGAUAUCCUGACCAUACUCGAAGACCAACAGCGCUGUUUGUGGCGGUGGGCGAACAGCUUGAAGGUCUUUGCAGGACCUCCUGUCAACUUGGAUGCACAGUUACGUCAAGCCACGAGCGACAAUACUCGAGAGAUGGUACUGCUUCUUCUUGAUGUGCUAAAAGAUAACCUAAUAAUUACGAACAAACCCAAGAAUAUUGAGACGGGAGAGUUGAUUGAUUGGAAGAAAAAAGAAAAUGCCGAAGAGUUUAUGGUGGGGCAAGAGUCUAAGAAAUUCGUUCUCCGAGAAGAUGAUUUCAAAGUUCCUUUCUUCGGCAUCGAUGGGUCACUGGAACGCCUCGAGAAGCUGGCCACCGCUAUCCUUGAGGUUACGGAGGCGAGCGUACAUCGCAGAGUGUAUGCCUAUCAAGCAAAAAACCAAGACAAGAGGUUGGAGAGAGACGUUUACCUCUAUCUUCUCGGGGAAUUCCCCAACCUGGUGCCGAAUCACGCUCAUCGAAAGUCAAUGCUAUUCGCAUUAGGGAAGGCCAAAUCCUCUGAUGAAGACAGGUCCCCACAAGAUUUCCAAGCCAUAUUUCGAUCGAGUUGGAUUCCGGGUCUCUUCCGGGCGCUAUCUAACUCAGUCUUGUUCCGACACUAUCGCAUAAUGUACGAACAAGAAAGAAGAUUAAAAGGCCCAAACCAUCAUAUUUCUACUAAAGGCUCUCCGCGGUUGGCAGAAAGGACUCUUGACCCCGGGCUUCGUCGAGAACACACAAGACAAGCGCAGCCCUCGCUUUCCCCUCGCGCUCCUACAAUACAAAAUUACACGCCAUCUAAAUCAACUAAAGCCCUAACUAUUGACGAAUCAAACUUUGAUGGCAGAAUUAAGACUGCAAAGUAUCACCACUUGGCGGGCACGCCGAGCGAUGGGGCUUACUCCGUUUUAGAGUCAGGCCAUGAUAUUUAUCCCAACCCACCACAACUUCCUGAGGGGGCGACUGAAGGAGUUUGCACCCUUUGCAGACAAUCGCUCCCUGCCAGUAAUUUUGAAGGCAAUCAGUGGAGCGCCCACAUUGAACAGGACAUUAAACCCUAUGUCUGCAUAUCCGAGAACUGCGAGCAAAUUCCCAGCUAUUUUGUGAAGAUUCAGGAGUGGAAAGUCCACAUGCAAACGAUUCACACGCCACAAUGGAUUCGCUACAUUCAUAACCCUUUGAGUUGGAAAUGCCCAGAGCCAGAGUGUCACUCAACCUCAACGAUAGAAUUCGCAUCUGAGAAGGAGGCGCAGGAAAGCUUGAUCAAUCACAUGAAGCAAGAGCACUUCGAGUUAGAUGAAGACGAACUACAUCACUUGGCAAGCGUUAGUAUCAUUCCCAAGCCGCGAGCUGUGGACAUAUGCCCGAUCUGUGGGGAUGACCACAAGCCAAAGAAUCCCUCACAGCAGAGCAGUGACAACUUUGAAUCCAAAAACUCCACGCACAGGGCAACUCCGCAGUCACAGGUGGCCCGGAAGGGCAAAGUGGCUAUAUUUGAUGUGCCAGGUGCCUCAGGCAGCGAAGAUGAUACAGAUUCCGUUGAUAAUCCCACUAGGCGAGCUCAACCCAGACCACUGGGCAGCCGGGGCCCGCAAGGCAAUGACCACAGCAGAAUAGAGACGCACAUAGGUCGCCAUCUCAGUAAUAUGGCAUUUCACUUCUCCAGCAGGCUCAUUAAAAUCCAAGGGGAACAUUCAAACGCAUUGCAGGAACCAGGCGCGGACUCCACGGCGCAGAGGGGCUUCCAGAGAGUGCACACAGAGCAAGAUAAGGAACAAUUAGUAUGCAUUGAAGCCAAUCGAGAACAGCUUGGCGGGGAGUGGGAAGGCGAUCGCCGACCGACGGAGGAUCUCGAAAAGACGACUCUAGUGUUGCCCCAGGUGGAGGUAAAGAACAAACAUAAAGCCAUUGUCAGGCGGCUCCUUGAGGCUGAAAGCGGUGACUUCGGCAUGAAGAACAUUAAUGGAUUGCCGCUAAUAUCGUGGGCGGCACUCAAUGGAUACGAAGCCGUUGUCAAACGGCUUCUCGAUACCGGUAAGGUCGACCCGGAUGUAAAGGAUAAUCUUGGACGGACACCUCUAUGGAGGGCGGCAAGCGGAGGACACGAAGCCGUUGUUAAACGGCUUCUUGAUACUGGCAAGGUUGACCCGGACGUAACGGAUAAUCUUAGACGGACACCGCUAUAUUUGGCAGUAAUCGGAGGACACGAAGCUGUUGUCAAACGGCUUCUUGGCACCGGUAAGGUUAAUCCGGAUAGAAAGGAUAAUCUUGGACGGACACCGCUAUGGAGGGCGGCAAGCGGAGGACACGAAGCUGUUGUUAAACGGCUUCUCGAUACCGGCAAGGUCGACCCGGACGCAAAGGACAAUCUUGGACGGACACCGCUAUGUUUAGCGGUAAGCGGAGGGCACGAAGCCGUUGUUAAACGGCUUCUUGACACCGGCAAGGUCGACCCGCACGUAAAGGACGAUCUUGGACAGACACCGCUAUACUUGGCAGUAAGCGGAGGGCACGAAGCCGUUGUCAAACGGCUUCUCGACACCGGCAAGGUUGACCCGCACGCAAAGGACGAUCUUGGACAGACACCGCUAUGUUUGGCGGCGAGUGGAGGAUACGAAGCCGUUGUCAAACAGCUUCUCGACACCGGUAAGGUCGACCCGGACGCAAAAGACGAUCUUGGACGGACACCGCUAUGUUGGGCGGCGAGCCGAGGACAUAAAGCCGCUUUCAAACGGCUUCUCGAUACCGGCAAGGUUGACCCGGACGUAAAGGACGAUCUUGGGCAGACACCGCUAUGUUGGGCGGCAAGCGAAGGACACGAAGCCAUUUUUAAACGGCUUCUCGAUACCGAAAAGGUCGACCCGGACGUAAAGGAUAAUCUUGGACGGACACCGCUAUAUUGGGCGGCGAGCGGAGGAUACGAAGCCGUUGUCAAACUGCUUCUCGACACCGGUAAGGUCGACCCGGACGCAAAGGAUAAUCUUGGACGGACACCGCUAUGGAGGGCAGCAAGCGGAGGACAUGAAGCCGUUGUCAAACGGCUUCUUGGUACCAGUAAGGUUAACCCGGAUAUAGAGGACAGAUUUGGAAGGACGCCUUUGUUGGACUCUACACAGCAUGGGCAUCACAGCAUCGCAAAUCUGAUCAAGAAAGAGCCAAGGAAGAAGAAGAAAAGUCUGGUUUACUAG